CACACAUAGAAUAUUGAUAAUCAUAACGAAGAAUAGAUAUGAUUGUAUGAUGGAGAGCUUUAUCUUAUCGCUAGUUGAUUUGGCGCACAUCGUUGCUCCUCAAUCAUUCAUUCCUACACCUGCAGACACUCGACACGGUUCAGCAAAACAUUUCAGUGCGUGAUUAGUCAUGCUUAUUUCACUAAUUUUAAUGGCUCUCUACAGAGUCUUCCGAAAAAAAGAUCCUGAACCUAUUUUUGGUGUGUAUCGUCAACGUGGAAAGUGGUUUUGGAUUAAAUACAUCAUCUUCAUUGUGUUAUUCUACAUUAGAAAACUCCGAUAUCGCAAGGGAUCUCAUGAUGGGGGUGGUCGGGGUGCAAAGAACAUUUCUGAUCCGAAUUCAGUUGAGAAGCCUCAGCCUCUGUCAGAUCAUCCGAAAGCCUUCGAUGCUGUCUUCUACAGUGGAGGAAAUUCGGAUGGUUAUCGCUUUAUCAUGGGCACAGAAAGGCGUCACAAGGGAAUUGUUCAUGGAGUUUUGUAUUUUGUUGUACCCGAUUUGGGUCUUAUCUGUCUGCCUCAGUUGCCCGAUACUAUGAUCUUCACGACGAAUUUCGGCAAGGAGGGGAAUUCUUUUGGUGGACCGGGUUUCAUUAGCGAGCCUAUUUUGCCUAUGAACAAGUGGAGACUGCGGUAUCGUGGUCAGAUGCGUCAGGGAGAGAAACUCCAUGAUGUUGAGUUUUCAGGAGAAUUCCUUUCACAAUGGCCCUGUUUUGAUUUCGAUACCGAUCUCAGUCCUAGAAUACUGGCUGAUGCUAUGGCCAGGGAAAUUUGGACACAGGAAUACUUUAUGAAUUUGCGAUCUGCUCAUCAAACACACUACGAACAGAUGGGGACUAUUAGGGGAACGCUUAAAAUUGAUGGGGAAGCUAAAAUGAUUGAAAUGCGUGGAUUUCGGGAUCAUAGUUAUGGAUUUAAGCGAGAUUGGACCUUAAUGCAUCGAUAUGCCUUUUUUGUGUUCUUCCUUGAGGACGGUAGGAAUGUUUCCUUAGGUAUCAUAAGUCAGCCCUGUACAUGCUCAGUCCUGAAUACUGGAUACAUCUGUUCCGAUAAGGGAAAGAUCUCACCAGUUGACUCGUGUGACUUUGAAUUGUAUCAACAUGGGGAGAGUGGAAUUCCUCCCAAAGAUUUUGCAUUUCAAUUCUCAGCUGCCGGUCGUACUCAUACUAUUCAAAUACUCGUAGAUUAUGAGAAUAUUCAUUACGUGGGAUCCCAAUGGGAAGCGCGAAUGGUAGAGAGAUUCAUCUCAGUAACGGUGGAUGGUGUACCUGGUUUUGGAUUUGCUGAAUUUCACUAUAACAAUAAAUCUGGUCGGCCAGAAGAAUACUCCAGCAAAGAUCCUCAAUGGUACCAGAAUGUUUUAGCCAGGGAGGCUGAAUACAAAAAGCUCGAGUACAUGUCAAUGCCACAGGCACAGAAGAAAUUAACAAAUUGACCUUUAAAAUAUAUUACAAUUUCCUCACA